AUGGCCGGUUUCGAUGUAGAGAUGAGUGAGCCGCCGAUGAUGUGUUUUUCAGAUCUUCACGACCUAUCAGGUAUCGAAAGCGCUUUGAAAUAAAGAGUUAUACUUGUUUCAUUUUUAGUUUUAUCAGAUCAAGAGCUGGAACACACUUCGCAGCUUUCGGAUAGUUUUGCAGCAUUGCUUUUCUCAGAAAAAAUGUCGGACGUGGUAUUUGUGUUGGAUGAAAGCGAAAGAAUCAUGGCCCAUCGAAUCAUUUUGGCCGCAAGAAGCAAUUAUUUCAGGUUUAUGAAGAAUAAGAACUGCUAGGAAUGAUGGAUAUUUUGAGGGCGUUACUUUUCGGAGGUAUGCGUGAAUCAGAAGAGCGCGAAGUUUUGAUCAAAAACACGUCCACGCCAGCUUUCAAGGCUGUUUUAAAGUUUCAAGAAUAUUGAUACGAAGCUUGAUAAAGUAUUUGUUGAGAUAUGCAUACACUGGAAAGCUGCCAAUGAAGGAGCUGUCAGAUGACGCGAUGGAGAUAUUAUUUCUCGCACAUCAAUAUGAGCUUCUGGAUCUGCAGAACGCCGUCAGCGAUUAUCUGCAGGUUUUUUUUUCUCAUUAUUAAGGGGCGUUUUCUAACAAAAACGACAUUCUUUCAGUCAAUAACCACUAUUGGCAACCUCCCAACAAUUCUCAAUGCAGCACACAUGUACUGUUUGGAAGACUUGAUUGAGUUUUGUAUGGAUUUUGCCGACCGCAACGCUACAAAUGUUCUGAAAUUCGAGGUAGGGAAUCAAUUCAGUAGUGCCAAAAUUUAAUUAUUUAUUCAGACGUUCGGUCUUUUGUCUCCAGACGUUGCAGUUCAACUCCUUCUUCGAGAUUCCUUUUGCGCUAGUGAAAUUGAAAUUUUUCGCGCGAUUUGCAGUGUGUUAGAGGCGAGAGCCCAAGAGGUGCUUCAUAUUUUUUUCUGAAAAAAAUUUCCAAUCAAAUCGAAAAAGCUCACGGAAGUUUUAAUAAAAUUGAUAGGAGAAAAAAAAGAAGCUCUCAUAAUUUUGAAGGGAAUUUUCAGCCGCAGCUGUUGCGCACAUAAGUGCUUCGCAAACAAAAUCAGCGAUAUUCCAGUUUAUUUUUGUCAAAUGUUUCAAACUCUGUGUGCAUCAUCGCUUGACAAUUUUGUGAAUUAGUUUGUUUUACGAGAGCUGAACCUAUUUUUUCUCAAAGUUGUUUUCAAUAAUAGGCUGUUAUUAUUAUUAUUAAUGGCGUUAAUUUAAAGUUAAAACUUGGUAAAAAAAAAUUUCAGUUUGUUUUUUUCAAUAGAGCUUCAGUGAGAGAAUAUAAAAAACAAUAUGAAUGAAAUGAGGCACUCUUACGUCACUUAACAAGCUUUCAAAGAAAAAAGCACCCCUAAUGUUCUCAAUCACAACACAGCCAAAAAUACCGUCCUCAUUUUUUUUUUCAGGAGAAUAAAGUGAGAAGUUUCCUGAAAUGCGUCCGAUUGCCGCUCAUCACGCAGUCUGAUCUACUAUCCGUCGUCAGAAAUUCGAGUUUUUAAGAUUCGGUUUCUAAAUUUCACGACUUUUUCUUUAGAACUUAUUGAUUCCGACGCGAUUCUCGACGCGAUCGCCCAACAAUCGGCUGAACUUCUGAAUCCUGCCCUUUUUCGCGGUUUCAAAUGUGAUAUGAAUCUUCAAAUCCUUCGAAAACGGUUUUUUAAAGUUUCCGACGAAAAUGUGGCUACUGCAGCGCUGGGAGCUGUGGCGUCGGUGGGAAAUGGGAAACCCUGUGGACUGCUUUCUGAGGCUGGUAAGUUGUUUUUGCGCAGAGUUUCGGGAAACUCAACUUUUCAGUGAGUUUGAGCGAACGAUGCACGAGCCACUCGUACAGUUCCUCUGAAGGAAUUUUGAUCGAACUCGGGAACCCUCACAUUAUCAACAAGAUAGUGAUGACCCUCUGGAGCCGGGAGCAGCACUAUUCCUACUACAUUGAGGUUUCUUUUUUGGGCUAAGUAGUUCCAGCUAGUCUGCUCUAUCGAACUCUAUAUGAAGUUUGUCACAUUUCUUUAGGGACUACUUGAACCUGAACAACAGGAAGUGGUGGGGGGACGGUUUGGGGAUACCCUUCCGAAUGGUUCAACUCUGAAGAUUUUUAUGGGAAGGUCAAGGAAAUUUAUCUGUGGCUUGAGUACUCACUUCCAAAUGAAUUAUGAGACGUUUUGUAAAAUAUUAUCCCAAAUGAAGCCAUCCAUAACUUUCCGAAAAAAAAGGAUGCUUCGUUGAAUUUCGUUGAAAAGCAUUCAUUGAAAAAACUUGAGACUUCUCAAAGUUUGAAAAUUCUUUCAAUCGCGAGUUCGAACAAAUCAUGAGAAUCACAAUAUUAACUAACUUUGCCCAUGGAGCGCUUAUUCUAGGUUCAAUGUGAACUCCAAUUUUUCGGCAUUAACAACUUGUGUUUUUUAAAGUUAAGUUUUCAAUCUAAUUUUUUUAGUAGAGUUGAUAACUUUUUUUUUUCAAGAUAUAAUGAAAUUGAUUUGUACUUCAGGCUUUCAGGAAGAUCAAAGAAACUAUUUUUUGCAGGUUUCGAUGGAGAAAAAGUCCUGGAACAGAGUGAUCGACUAUUCUAAGUACAGUUGUCAUGGACUUCAGCAGCUGUAUUUCACGCCGGUCGCAGUCAAGUUGGAUCGAAAAUUGAAUAAAAACUCAUUUUGCGUCUUCAAGGUUCAUUCGUGUGGUCGGCGUCGGCUGCAGUCCGAAAAAGUUCUCGAUUUGCACUUUCGAAGCUGUAUUCACCACGGAGCCCUUUGUAGUAGAUACGGAGACAAAUAUUAUGGGUGAGUGAGGAAAUGACUGGACCAAGCCGAAAAUGAGAUCAUCCCGAGCUAUCCUCUCAUAAUUUUGUGUUUCCCAGUUCCUGACUUCAACGUGGCGGCGAGUCAUCGACAGGCCCUCGUCGUGGAAGGCGUCUCCAGAUGCAGGAAUACUCUUCUCAACGGAGACGUGGGAUCCCAGGCCUCAUUCCCUGGUAGAGACGUUAUUCAGGUGGACAGUUAUGACUGGGACAGCGGCUACACCUGUCAUCAGAUCGGAGGCGGCGGAAUCACCAUUCAACUCCCUCAGCCGUUCAUCAUCUCCACAAUGAGGCAAUACACCGAAUUUCGACUUGAAAUCGUCUUGUUCUUGCAGAAUCCUGCUCUGGGAUUGCGACGACCGCUUUUAUUCCUACUACGUUGAGGUCUCCGACGACCAGCUCACUUGGAAAAAGAUUGUCGAUCGGACCCGUAUGAAGUGCAGGUUCAUCCGAGGUUUUGAACCGGAUUUCAGCUUGAAACUGUUCAGAAGUUGGCAAUAUUUGGUUUUUGAACCAACUCGCGCCGUUUUCAUCAGGCUGACCGGGACGCGAAACUCGUCAAACGAGGUCUUUUUUCGAUUUUCAUUUUAGAUUUCACACUGUUUGAAGAGUAUAUCUCACACUUCAUAAAUUUUUCUGAAAUUCAUCAAUAAUUGAACGAAAAAAAGUUAAAAAUAAAUUUUUUUGAGAAUUUUUUUCUUGUUAUCAAAGCGUUAAACUCUGGGCGAGAAUCCGCUUUAUCUUUUUUUUUUCUUGAAAAACAUGUUAAGGUGUUCCACGUUGUCCACCUGGAAUGCCCGGCCGACGAAACGGCCGAAAAACCGCCGCCGUCUUUCGCGAUUCCAGACGACGUCUCGGGUGAAGGAAUCUCUGGCUCAGAUAGCGAUUGA